UUCCUAUAAAGUCCACUCUUUGCUACCAAUCGGCUGAAUCGUGGAUGUCCGGCCCUGGAUCAUGAGUCCCAUUACAACAUGAAAGAACGGCCUAGGCGUCUCCGAUAUCAUGUGGCCAUAUCACUUAAUGGCUUCAUCGUUCCCUCAGACGGAAAAGCAGGCUUGAUGGUGCACGAGAAUAUAAUUUUCUUCGAUGCCCUUUACGCACAAUGCGACACAUUCGUCAUGGGCCGGAAAACAUAUGAAUGCAUACUCAGCAUGGGCGAGCAUAAUCCACUUCAGAAAUAUUCCAAGGAAAGCCUGGUGGUCGCCAGCAAAACCCUCAAGAGAGAACACCACCCAGGGGUAACAAUUGUCUCCGAGGACUUCAUCGGAUACAUCGCGAACCUCAAAAAGAGCGACGGUCGUGACAUCUGGCUUAUGGGCGGCCAGCUGGUGGGGCCGUGCCUCGAUGCGGGAAUACUAGACUCGGUAGAGACGGCGAUUAUGCCGAUGAUGCUAGGGAAGGGGGCAAGACUGGUGGGGGAGUCUGGACUUGCACCGCUUGGCGGAAUAAGACUGGAGUUGGUAGACUGCAGAGAGUGGGAGACAAGCGGAAUCAUUAUGUGCAAAUAUAAUGUCGGCCGGCAAAUGGCCGCAUCGUUAGGAGAGGCCAUGUUUUGUUAAAGAAAGCGAAAUCAUAUGAUGGCAUACAUGUAACGAUGGUGUAUGACGUGAUAAUUGCACAAAAAUUUAGGCAUGACAAAGCACAGUUUGUCGG